UUGAAAUUUCAGUUCCUCUAUUUAUUCAAUAAUCAUCAGUUGCAAACAGCCAACUGGUAACUAAUAGAGACAGAAAAGAAGUUAGAGCCUCCCUUCAAAGCUCUAGUGGGACCCAAUUCUCUCCAAAUUGGUUGCCAGAGGGGGCUUAGAAAAAGACCCCUCCAGGCUCCAGUUGCCUAUAUCUGUGUCAACAAAUGCAACUACAAAAACCCCUCUCUCCCCCUUCCCUCACAGGCACCAUUCUCCUGCAUCAUUCCCUCGUUCAGGCAUUUUCACAAACACCUCUUCCACGUUUCUUUUUCUUCGGGCAUGGCCAGACUGCAACAGCGCUACCGAGGCGUCCGGCAGAGGCAUUGGGGCUCUUGGGUCUCCGAAAUCCGCCACCCUAUCUUGAAGACUAGAAUUUGGCUAGGAACAUUCGAAACGGCGGAGGACGCGGCGCGAGCCUAUGACGAAGCAGCAAGGCUUAUGUGCGGCUCGAGGGCUAGAACCAACUUCCCUUUCAACCCAAAUGCAUCGCAGUCAUCUUCAUCGAAGCUCCUCUCUGCAACUUUGACUGCAAAACUUCACAAGUGCUACAUGGCUUCUCUCCAAAUGACCAAACCAUUAGCACAAGAGCCUCAAAAACAACCAUCACCACAUGUCAUUGCCGCCAACAUUGGCUUCGCCGGAAAAACCAUCGAAAUGGGUAUGCGGCUGCCGGAAAAUAAUCCGGUGGGUGAGCUAGAACUAGAGCCAAACAACAAUUGGGUUUUCAAAAAAGUGAAAGUUGAAAGUAGCCAGCAGCCAUUCAAGUCUCUUGAGGAUGCUCAGAUUGAGCAAAUGAUAGAGGAACUUCUCGACUAUGGCUCCAUUGAGCUUUGCUCUGUUGUUCCACCACAGCCCCUCUAAUUUUAUCUCCAAACAUCUCAAAAAACACCCUCCUUUCUUUCACCUUUAUGGUAUAUGUAUAUCUUUUCUGCUAAUGUCACCCAUUCAUCUUCUAAUUUAACCUAUUUUUGUCAGCCUGCGCAGAGCCCAGAGCCUCCUGUUUCUUGCACCCAAUCACCACCCAAUAGUUCCCAAUUCUGUUCAUAGUUUCUUCAGACGACCCAUGUGAAUGAUGCCAUGCGUAGCAUCAAAUGUGUUAUAAUUAUAAUAUGAUUUAAGCUUAAUUAUGCUUUA